GGCUACAAUUCAGCUGGCACUAGAAAAGCUGAAACCAACGUUUUACAUAGCUCCAAGGUGCUUCAUGGUCGAUAAAGACCAGGGUGAAAUCAAUGCCAUCCGCAAGGUAUUCAAAGAGUCAGAUGUCCUGCUUUGCUGGUACCAUGUCACACAAGCAGUUAUCCGUUGGCUGUCAAGGUCAGAGUCUGGAGUGAGUGGACCUGAGAAGGCAGAUACAAGAGGACAAAUCAUGCAAUUGAUGGCAGAGCUGAAAUCCUGUUCCACGAACCACUGGGAGCCAAUUGGUCAUCUGUGGUCAGACUUUGGAAGAUGCUAUAAGCAUGGAAACUCUGACACAAACAAUCUAAUAGAACGUUUCUUCCACCGUUUAAAAUACCAGUUCCUCUGUGGUAUCCGGAAUCGCAGAUUGGAUCACCUGAUUGAUGUGCUACUGAACAAGACAGAGAAGUACUUCAAUAUAAUACAGGAUCUACAGUCUGUUGGGAGAGUCUAUAAUCCUCUGCAAUGUAAAAUAGAAGAAAUGAAAAAUUCUGCUCAAAGGAUGCUAGACAAUGGUUGGGCCAGAAAAGUUAGUGUAGCUUCAAGAGAAACGUACAUCUACAAUGUUCCAUCUGAGAACAAUCCACAUUUAGUUUACUGUGUAUGCCCUGCAGAACAGCUCUGCAGUUGUAUAGCUGGCUGCUGCAAUACAUUGGGUGGAACAUCCUUUUUGUUGACCUAUGUUUGA